AUGACUGGAACUGUCUUCAUCAUUUCAGACCCUCCUGAUGUAACAGUGACUUACGACAGCAGCUCCCACACCUUAACCUGUACAGCUGAGGGUAUUCCUAACGCCUACACCUUCAGCCUGGGGGAGCACCGUGUUGGGGAGACCCUCGUACGCAAGCUGGGGACUCAGACAAGAGGCACCUCUGUCACCUACACUUUGCCUGACACCCUGACGUACGCUGACACGGGGGACUAUGUGUGUACAGUGACUAACGGGAUAAAGUCUGGACAAAAAGGGCAGUUCUAUGUGGCUCCUCCAACUCCAGCUGUAUUCCAGAAUCACUCACAGACAUUGGUGAUUGGUUUGGGGAAAACAGAGACAAUCUCCGUGCCAUUUUAUGCACGACCGUCCUCCGGCAGCGUCCAGGUGAAGUGGGAGAAAACAGAAGAGAGUGACGCUCUAGAGUCUCACCUGGAAGAGGCGGGUCCGGUCAGGCUGGUGGUGUACGGUCAGGAGGUCAGUCUACCGGGAAUAGUCACCACACUGACUCUAACCAAUGUUAGUCCGACAAAUGAGGGUGAAUAUAGCGUGACCGUCACCUGUAACAUCAAUGGCGUGGCAAAGACGUCAAAAACCAGCUUUUACGUCAGUGUGACAGAAAUAUCAGGUAUUUAUACUUUACCAAAUAAUUGGUAUCCUUUAUCAAAAAAUUACCAUACCCUUACACAUCGCGCCCACCCCAUUACACACUGGGUCCACCCCAUUGCACACUAGGCCUACCUGUUCACACACUGGGUCAACCCCAUUGCACACUGGACCCCAUUCCACAGUGGGUCACUUACACACGAUGUCCACCCCAUUACACACUAGGUC